AUGUAGUCCUUCGAUUCCCACUGAAUUUCAACUGCAUCGGGUUUAUACCGCUCACACCGCUUCGUCUGCUAUAAGCUGGACAAUCAGUGAUUUGAAUAUAAGAAGGUUUAGCGGCUCAUUGGUCAAGGGUCGGGUCAAGGUGUCAAGAAGACGAAAACAAAGAUAGAGAACCAGGUCCGACAUGUUCUCCGAAUAUGCCUCCCGUUUUCUCGCACAGUCCCAGUCACGGGUCGUGAACCAUCCAGAAGAACCCCGAAGAAAGGGGCAUGAACGUCUCUUGCAACAACCUCGAAAUUCUCUUUUGCCCUCUUCGCGCUCUUUCUUCCACAGGAAUGCGGCCGACCCAUACCAACCUGCCGGUUCUCAACUAUCAGGCUUCCCGUUUGGUUCAAGGGUUGUGUCUCAACCUGCGCCUCUCUUCUACAGCGCUACCGAUGAAUUCCGAGAGGAGGAUGAUGAGGUUGAGCAUGAGCGAGAGAUUGCUGACUUCUAUGCCUUACAAAAAUCUCGGCGCCAAUUUGGGAGCAGCUACCUUAGGGAGUCUUCAGAAAUUGGCGACGAUAACGAAUCUGCCAGCUCGAAGGAACAACAGCCCCCUUAUACUAGGGGGAAGGGCAUUUGGAGCUCCUGGCGCGACGCCGAAACUAGUGACAGAGCGCAAGAUUCGCGUGUUGAGUACGACGGGGAGCCAAACGGAAUGGAGGAGUCUAUUCACACAGAGCGAAGUAGAAGCAGGCUCAGGGGGAAAUUAGUUGACGUUCACCUGGAAGAUACACUGGCAUCCGAUGUUGGCCGCGACCGGGCUGACUCUCCCGAAUUUGGUGAUGAUAAACCGCCUUCCGUUCAACGGUUUCGAGAGCAGCCACAGUCACGAACGGGCAAUCUCGGACUAGACUCAGAUCUCCUUCCUAUAGAUUCAGAUAACGCAGUAGUGCCAGAAACAUCCCAACCGCCAGGCACGUCACGGCCAUAUCGAACGUCGACCCCACCGGUAGGCGCUAGCUCUCCAGCUCAUGAUGGCUUUUGGGGUCACUUGUUUCUCAUAUCCGUGGCCUCUCUCUUCGCUACGUCAUUUCUUAUCUACCUUCACACUUCACCUCCUUCCGGUGACAAGUCGAAAUGGGGUGACACUGUCUACUUGACCAUCCACAGUUCAUUUUACCUGCUGGGUACCUAUACCAUCGUGUCGAUAUCUAUAUCUCUGCUUUGGCUGGCACUAUUACGCUCCUAUGUACGUCCAUUGGUUUACGCUAUCCUCGUCGCCGUUCCCAUAAUACUGUAUUCCUUCUUUCUCUACCCCUUUAUCUCGAGCUUUGGGGGUGUCUGGCACGGAUCAAGUGUUCAGGACAAAGUCAUGAGAUGCGGGUCUAUUAUUCCCUUUAUUUUGGCCAGCGCAUGGAUUUACAACGUCGUUCGAGGCCGCCGCGCUAUAGGAAGGGCCGUCGACAUACUUGAGUUUGCAUGCCGCAUCCUCGCCGUGAAUCCAGAGCUUCUAGCUUUGGGGCUCGGUGCCCUCAUUCUCAUUGUCUUAUGGACCUGGUUAUGGAUGCUCAUGUUUACGCGAGUGUUUUUGGAAGGCCAUAUUUCUCGGUCCAGCCUUUUCGUUGUCGAUUCAAGCAGCUGGUGCUUAGGAAUCUACUAUGUGCUCGUUUACGCAUGGUCACUGGGAGUCAUCGCUGGUAUUCGACGUACAGUCACAGCUGCCGCGGUGAGUCAAUGGUAUUUUCAUCGCUUUACGACGCCAGCGCCGACCUCCAGGCAAAUAGUCCAAGCCGCAACUCUGCACUCCGCUACAACCCUUUUUGGUACAAUUUGCCUAUCGAGCCUCCUGGCUCUAAUGAUCCGCGUCCCGCUUUUGUUGCUUCCCGGUCGUAUCGCGUCACUUUUGAGUUUCUGCGCCUAUUCCUUUGUACCAACUCCUAUAACUGCCCUCACGGACCCUCUAACCCUCACCUAUGCGUCUAUUCAUUCCCAGCCGCUUACAGUGUCCGCUCGUGGUCUGGUGCAGAUGACAAACCUGACGCCCUCCAUAGCGACGACUUCUCUACACCCACGGUCGUUCUCUUGGUCUCGUGGGCAUUCUGCAACUCUUCUCCCUUAUCGACUUUCCAAGCUCAUUCUGCAUGCGGCCCGUCUCAUGAUGUCUCUUGCGCUUGGGUUUGGUGGCUGGGUGAGCACUGCUCGGAGCCUAAGUGUGAUGAGUACCAACGGUUCAAUCCGCGGAAGCAUGUAUGCCUACAUGGUCGGGAUCAUUGCUGGGACGAUCGGUUGGAGUGUGCUGGGAGCAAUUGAAGGUGUAAUUGCAGAUACUGUCGAUGCAUCAAUCAUUUGUUGGAGUAGCGAAGUUGGAGCCUACGGCCGGGAGGCAAGGUACUGCCGAGAAGCUGGCUGGCUCUUCGGCCAAGAGCCUGGGUCUGUUUCCAGGAAUACGCGCUUUGAGGAUCCAUGAGCUAUCACUUGGUAGGUAUACCUGUGCGACCAUGAAAGGAAUGUCAGAUUCUCAUUGAGAGGACAUCUACGGCUUAGUAAUUACCGCACUGUCAAUCCUGAGCUCGAAAAGGAUUUUCGAAUAUCUGGUGAUGGCGGUAUUGCGCUUCGGGGGGAGGGGGGGUUUGAGAGGCUUCGGCUUAGCGAUUGUGUUUAUUCUUUAUCACUAUGUCUGCGGGAGACAUCUGCUG